AUGACUACACAAACGGCACCGGUAAUCCCGCCUCGACCGUCAAAGUCACCAAAUGCUCAUGCCAUCUCUGCCACCUCCAAUAUACCAAAGAUUCCACCGCGUCCCGUAAAUCGGCGCGUCGAACGAUCCGUUUCCCCCGCGCGAGAUAGCUAUGCUCCCUCACCGUUGAACGAGAUGCCCAACGGGCCGAACAUGAGUCGCGUCGGAAGCGACCACUCUCAUCGUCCCCCGAGCGUGACAAUACCGUCCCUUGGCCAGGAGGGCAUUGAGUAUGCGGAGUUGGAUAACCUGGCCGCAGAGCAGCAACAUCAGGCGGCGAUGGAGACGAGGAACGUCGGCAGUGAUCUCAAGCUGCAUGCUCCCAAGCCCUCCUUGCCCACGUCUAGCGCCAAGGCCAAGGUCCAGGCUGUCACUCGCACCGAUUCUCAGCAGGCUGCUGCAGCGGGUUUUGGCAGGUCUGACGACGACUCAGAUCGCCGUCCCCGUUCUCUAUAUUCAAAGAAUAGCGGUUCUCGCGCACAAUCGACAGCAUCCAACGGGACAGAACGUCGCUCCUCUGUCACGGAUGAACAGGGCAUCCCAGAAAUCGGGCAGAGGGUCCCGAUGUAUCCCAACGCGGGUGAUGUGCAGGCACCAUCCCCAAGCCCAUAUAUUUACCCUGCUGGCCAAGGAUCAGCCGUUUCUGUAGGGUCUGGUGGUUCCCUACGUACGGGCCGCAACCACCAACGCACCAAGAGUGGCCGAGAGCUCUCCGCACCGCCGGGAAGCUAUGGCCUUCACGGCCAUGGCAUGCCGCCAAGUGAUAAGUUCGAGAAAGCCUGGUAUGAGAAGCACCCGGACGAGUUGGCUCGUGAAGAGCAGGGCCAGUACGGUCCCGGCAUUGGGGAGCCGCGUCCGGAUUGGGCGCUGAGCAGUGACGACUUGAAUAAGAUUGUGCGCGGCUCCGCGGUCAGGGGAUCUGGUCUUGGCACUUCCCCUGCAGUAACCGGAACCCCAGAGGAAGAGUUGGGGUACAUUGCAACAGACGAAUAUACCUCCCGCCUGGCAUCCCCGCCGCCGCUAGCUCAGCGGGACUCUCAGCCUUCUGUCAAAUCCGGUCUACGGGAUAUGAGCCUGCCUCCGUCCGAUGCAGAGUCCUCGCAGCGGAAGGACAGUACGCACUCGAGAGCCAGCAGUGAAGCCGGUGUCAUCCAUGUCGAUGACCUGCAUCAUCAACUGCACCACCCGGAUGGUUAUUCCCACACUCCCGUCCCAGAGGACCGAAGUCGCACUCCUCUAGGCGAGGAUCAGGAGUACGAUGAGCCCAUCCUUGCUGCGGACGAAAUUCGCCCGGACUCCGCAUUUUUGCAUCCUGCCGUUUCCCCCACGGUUGAUAGGAGGGGAAGUGCAGAGAUUGAGAGAAGUCGGACUCCUAGCGCCUCGAACAGCAGACCCGGAAGCAGACCGGGAAGCAGACCAACCAGCCUCCACGGUGCCAUUCCCGGUCUCUCCAGAUUUAACUCUUAUGACCGUGAAGAUGUUUCGACUCCUCUCGAGGAUGUCGAUGAGUACGAGCCGCUUUUCCCGGAAGAAGAUAGCAAGCAAGAGAGACCACUUUCCACUGCUGACCGCUUCAAGCGCCGUCCAGAUGUCUCGAAGCAUAGGUUUCCUAGUGAAGAUAUCUGGGAGGACACACCCAACAGCCUGCAAUUAUCUGCAACGGUAUCGACUCCUGAUCUUCCUAAGGAGGAAUCACCCAGCACCUUUGAGACCCCCGAGCAAGAGGCUGCUCGGAAGGAGCAAACGGAACAGAUUGACUCCCACAAGGUGGCAUCGCAUAUCUUGGAGAAAGGCCACGAAAGCCCCGCCACACGACCGGCUAUGGUCAAGCAACGUUUCCCCAGCCAGGAUAUCUGGGAAGACGCGCCUGAUAGCCAGCAACUUGUGGCGACGAUAGAGCCUCACGAAGAAGAGGAAGCAGAUGUCUCGUCUAAGCCGUCCAUCCCGCCGCGUCCACAGAAGCGUCCGCAACAGGCCCCCUCAGUCGACUUGUCGCGAAAGCCCCCGGCCAUCCCCGACAAACCUAAGCCACAGAUUCCAGCUCGGCCUGCAAGACCUCUUGCACGAGGAUCAUCUGACUCUCUGACCAAGGUGACUUCCGCCGGCUCUAACGGCUCUAAUGGAAGUACUGAAGAGUCUAAAAACGGUGCCCAGCCCGUACCAAAGGCCAAGCCCGCCAUCCCGGCUCGACCUGUGGGAGGCAAGAUUGCUGCACUCAAGGCAGGUUUCCUGUCAGACCUGAACUCGCGCCUUCAAUUAGGGCCGCAACUGCCACCAAAGCCUCAGGAAAAGAAGGACGAGGAAGCUCCCGCUCCAAAAGGACCUCUGAGUGACGCACGGAAAGGAAGAGCCCGCGGGCCAGCAAGGAGGAAGCCGGCCGCAGCUGCCAGCACAGAGAAUAAGUUGCCCUCAAUACCGGAAAUUAGAAUUACUACAGCUUGGAAUGUGUGGCAAACCGACGACAGCGGAAAUCUGGUUGUGGGUCAACCCGAGGCAGAGAAGACUGAGGAGACUCCAUCCAAAGCUCCUGAUGCCUCGGAGUCCGCCGAUACAACGAUGGCACCGCCCAUUGCAAGAAACACGGCGGGAGAACCAGCGGAUCCUGGAGCGGGAGAGGUGAAGGAGACUCCAGAAAAGGCCCAACGCGAACCUGAAGUCACUUCAAGCAACCGAGUACCGGUAUACACUGAUGUCUCGAAACCAAUUGAGCCAAAUCUACCUCUGGUAGGGGAGACUAGUGUUUCUCCCGCUUCGAGUGAGGAGGUUGCUGCUGCUUCAACCGAACCGGCCGUGGAGCCGUCAAUACACCGAGACGAGGCUGAAGCGGCUUCUGCCGCUCUUGCUGAGACUUCCAUUGAAGGCAAGUCAUCUACUGACGCAGUCCCGGAUGCUGAGACGAAGGAGUCCGUUACAACUGCGGAUGACGAGAAGAAAGAGUCGGCGGCUGAGGCAAAUGCUAGCGAAUAG